CACAUAACGUACUCUCUCUCUUCUCUCUCUCUCUCUCUCUCUCACGCGAUAAUAAAUAAGCUGACCCAAACCGAAUUCAAUUUUCUCUCCCUCUUUUGCUUCUCUCUUUCACCCACCGCUCAAAUUAAAACAUGGGGAAACAUGAGAAGGAUCAAGCUCCCAUGGAGUUGGAAUCAGAGAUGGAGAGGCUCCCUCUAGACCUCCUAGCCCAUAUCUUCACCCUCCUCUCCUCCUUCAGAGAUUUAGCUCAGGUGAGUGGGGUUUGUAGGAAAUGGAGGAGAGCGGUGGAGCAGUCGAUGGCGGGGAGAGAGAAGCUCAGCUUCAACGGUUGGAAGAUGGAUGAUGAGUCAACUGCUCGGCUUGUCCGACUUGCUUACUGCCUGAAGGAACUCGACAUUUCUCGCAGUUGCUGGGGUAGUCAUAUAACUGAUGCAGGGCUCUACCAGAUAUCUUUGGCGAAGUGUGCCAGCAGCCUGACAUCUGUAUCCUUGUGGGGUAUGACAGCAAUCACCGACAAGGGUGUGAUUCAGCUGGUUUCAAAGACCACUUCCUUACAACACCUGAAUGUUGGUGGUACCUUUAUUACGGAUGAAUCUUUAUUUGCCAUCGCAAACAGUUGCCCACAUUUGAAGGCUAUCGGUCUAUGGAGUUGCCGCCACGUGACAGAGAGGGGUCUCUUCAUGCUUGUUAAUAAAUGUCGCGAUCUUGAAUCAAUCAAUGUUUGGGGAGUGAGAGUACCUGCUGCCUUUUUCAUGAGCUUGCUCACCAUCAGCCCGGCUCUCAAGAUCAAACCCAUAUCACUGCAUCAAAACAUGGGAGGUGUGUUGCCUGUUGCCUAAGCCAUAUUACAAUCCAUUUGAAAUGCUCUGUGUGCGUGCGUGUGGGGUUAUUGUAAAUAAUUUGUGUGGGGUUAUUGUAAAUAAUUUAUGUUGUAAUAACUAGUAAUGUGGCCUCUUGGUGGUGCAA